UCCACAGCUUGUAUUCCAUGACGGCGCACCAUUUUUUGGAUGCACGGUUCGGUGCUACUGGACCCCAAUGUGCAGCCUCUGGCUUUGCAACGCGCUGAGUUACUCCGCCGAAAACAUCCCUUGGAUCAAGGACAGUGUGUUCUUAUGCUCACUUCAGUCAACAAUGCUGUCUCUUCCUCAUUCCCUGUUCCCUUUCUUAUCUCUCUCAAUAUGUUCCGCUUCCGGCCUCGCCUGGCCUCGGCUUCCUUCCCCUUGGUCCCCUUUUCUCCAGGUACCACUUACCGCUUUCAUGCUUUCCAAUUGUCGUCCACCUUCUCCUAUCAAGGAGUGUCUUCCAUUACCUCUGCCGCUCGAUUAACGUCUUCCCGUCACGGUCGUUGCACUAAGCGGGCUCCAUGUGGAGCUCCUGCAUCCGCUCACAACGGCGCAGUCGCCGAGGACUUGUUUGGAAAGUCCUCACCUCAGGCCAUUUCCGAGAGGAGGAUUAAGAAGAAAGUAGCCAUGUGGUUGGGAUAUGUCGGUACUCGUUACAAAGGCCUACAGAUCCAGCGAGGACCAGGGAGUGCUCAGACCAUUGAAGAGGAGCUUGAACUUGCCAUAUUCAAAGCUGGAGGCAUGAUUGAGAGCAAUUUCGGUAAUCUUUCAAAAAUUUCAUGGACACGAAGCAGCCGUACAGACAAGGGGGUGCAUUCUUUAUGUACAGUAAUAUCUAUGAAGAUGGAAGUUCCAGAGGCAGCUUGGGUGAAUGACAUGGACGGUUUUGCCCUUGCCGAUAACAUUAAUUUUCAUCUGUCUCCAUUUAUACGAGUUUUUGGUAUCACGCCUGUCACAAGGUCAUUUCGAGCGCGACACGACUGUUGUACACGUACAUACGACUACCUCCUACCUGCCGCCAUCCUUGGCAUACAUCCAGACACUGUUCCUUCACAAGUCGAGCAGCGCGUGACAAAGUUUCGGUCUCUUCUUCACCUUUUUGAGGGUAAGCAUGCGUACCACAAUUACACGAUUCGGAGACUAUACAGACCUUUCCCUGAAAAGCCUUACAAGUCUCGCCUAAACGAUCGUAAUGACAAUGAUACGAGCAAUGAGAGAACUGACAAGCCCUCAACGACUACCAGUAGUAUCGAGUUGGACUUUUUGGAUGAAGAGGACAUCAUGGAGGAGCUCCCUGAUGUGCUAGCAAGCGAGUUGGUAGAUGAAAUGGUGAGUAUAUUUGCUGAAGAUAGCAGAAGGGGUGACAACGAACUGGAGAGGUCAACUUUUACUUUACCUGGAGGGAAUGUAACUGACCUUAAAGCAUGGUGGCUUCCCACUCCAAACGAAUCAGACAAAGUAUGGUCGUCUCAUUUCAGAAAAGUUAUCUCUUUCAAUUGUGGAAUGCCCGAGACAUUUGGGGAAGCUCAAUUUAUACGGAUCUCCAUCACAGGGAGCUCUUUCAUGGUUCAUCAGAUCCGCAAAAUGAUAGGUACCGCUAUCGCAGUUUUCCAUGGGCUCCUGCCAGGAGAUGUAAUUCCUAUUUCACUUGCGCGACAUUCAAGGAUAGUUUUACCGCUGGCUCCUCCAGAUGGCCUUAUUUUAGUCAGCAAUGACUUCAUGCCAUUCAGACUUCCCUCCGUACAUCCAAAGAAAAGCGACAUUGAACCAAACAAACCACCGGCACUACGUAUCCAAGAAAAGCAUCCCAAGUUGGAGAUGAGCAGUGCUGUUCGCGAAAGAGUGGACGAAUUUUGUGCAAAUGUUUUGAUGCCAGAUAUAUCGCCAUUAAUAAGUGCGAAAUCAUCAAAUUGGAGCAUCUGGAUUAUGAACUUGGAAAGAAACGUAAAGAUUCCCGAAUCCGAAAUAGCAGAGGUUAGGGCAGCUUGGACUGAGUGGCGUGAACAAAGCGUCAGACUACGCCAGAUGAAAAACCAAAUCAACCACCAUGUGCCUGACUUGUCUCAAAAUGAUCGAGUGCUUGAAUCGUAAUAGCGCACAAUAGGUGCAAUUUUUCUACCCUUCCUCAAUUUUCAAACCCUUUUGUCGAGUAUUGGCAAUAGAAAAUAUGGAUGCAUGUGUUUCAAGGGCAUCUAAGUUCAUCAAUUAGGAGGCUUUCUCGAGGAGUUCACUGAAAUGAACUAUUUUUAUAACGACCUUUCAUUCGUUUCUGGUGUACCAUGUGAAGUUAAGCAAGGUCGUGAAUAUAACAGUUCUCCUGCUGAAGUCGAUCAAU